GGAAAUUUUCAGGACGUUUAGACCACCACUUGUCCUUUGCCAAAUCAUAAAUGUCAAGCUCAGCAGAAAGCAAUUUUCGCAACAGCUUGCGAGGCUUUAACUCAAACUCUAGAGGAGGGGGAGUACAACUACCAACAAAUACUAAUGACGGAGGAAAUGCAUUUAGUCGAGGAUGGUCGUCGUUUACAUCCGGAGCGGUCGAUGCCAUGGACAAUGCCCGCAGAACAGUGCAAGGAUAUGUUCCAGUCAAUGCACAGGAAGAAGUCGAUGAGCCAUGGUUCCAAAUGUCAAGGUGGGAGCGAUUAACAGCAUGCGCUUUAUGUAUUGUCCUCGGAUUAGCUUGCUUUGCCAUGGCGUUCUUCUUGUUCUUGCCAGUGCUGGUCCUUUUCCCCGGAAAAUUUGCUGCCACGUUUACCUUGGGCAGUAUCUUGAUGUUACUUAGCGUGGCAUUGUUGCGAGGACCAUGGGCACAUGUCAAGCAUAUGAUGUCUGUGGAGAGACUGCCAUUUACUGCCGCUUACGUUGGUACUAUGGCGCUGACGCUUUACUUUUCAUUGGGGGCACGUAACUACAUUUUGACCAUUAUUGCGGCUGUCCUUCAAAUAAUUGCGCUUCUCUGGUAUUUCGGUUCGUAUGUUCCAGGUGGCGUAUCCACUCUUCGUUACGGAUCAUGGAUGGUUGGAAGACAAGCUGCCACUCUAUUGCCUUUUUAAACCAUUUAAUAAAUUGUAUGUAUUUUGCUUUUUUU